AUGCACCACAUGCAGUGUCUAAACACGCUGAGGCCUGGCAUGAGCCCGGUACGCCAAGCCCGCCACCCCCAGCAGCACAUCACAUGGUCCCCAGACUCCCUACAUACACUGUACUACUUCCUGCGCUGCUUACAGAUGGAAUCCAUGGAAAAUCCAAACCUGGACCCGCCCAGAAUGGCACUUCACAAUGAGCGGCCAUUCAUUCUGCUGCCGCCCCUCAUGGAAUGGAUGCGUGUAGCUAUCACAUACGCUGAACACCGCCGCAGCCUGACCGUAGAUGCCGAUGACAUCCGCCAGACCGCCAGACUGCUCCUCCCUGGUCUGGACUGUGAACCGCGACAGCUCAAGCCGGAGUGUUGCUUUAGCUCCCUCAGACGCCUGGACGCCGGAGCAGCCGCUGAACGCUUUCAACAGGACCUGGGAUUCCGAAUGCUGAACUGCGGCCGAACUGACCUGAUUCCUCAGGCGGUACGAGCACUGGGGUCUGACGGAAUAAACACCAUGGAUGAUCAGGGUUUGACGCCGCUCAUGUACGCCUGUGCAUCUGGAGAUGAGGCCAUGGUGCAGAUGCUGAUAGAAGCCGGAGCUGACCUGGAUGCUGCGUGCCCAGCAAUUCCCCCCCGACACCCGUCUGUGCACCCUGACACCCGGCACUGGACAGCGUUGACGUUUGCUGUGCUGCAUGGACACAUCUCGGUUGUGCAGUUACUCCUGGAUGCCGGCGCCAGUGUGGAGGGUUCAGCCGGGAACUGCAGAGAAGACAACUAUGCUGAGACCCCUUUACAGCUGGCCUCUGCUGCAGGUAACUAUGAGCUGGUUAGUCUGCUCCUGGACAGAGGUGCCGAUCCCCUCCUGAACAUGCUGGAAGCCGGUCGGGUGACAUCUUCGCUACAUGAGGACAUGAACUGCUUCAGCCACUCAGCCGCGCAUGGGCACAGGAAUGUCCUACGUAAACUGCUGACUCAGCCUCAGCUCUGUAUGGGAGACGUCCUUUCCCUGGAGGAGAUCCUGGCAGAGGGGGUAGAGAGCGACACCUCUAGUACCAGCAGCUCAGAUCAGGUUCCAAUCCGGCUCUGUAAGACCAGAAUGAAGGCGCUGCAGGAAGCUACGUACUACAGUGCAGAACAUGGCUAUCUGGACAUCACUAUGGAGCUACGUGGCCUCGGAGUGCCAUGGAAGCUGCAUGUGUGGAUCGAGUCCCUGCGGACCUCCUUCAACCACUCACACCGAUCUAUCAUGGAGAGCCUGCUGCAAGAGUUCACCAGUAUACGGGAGGAGGAUUAUAAUGAGGAGCUCAUUAACGAGGGCUUCCUUCUUCUCUUUAAUAUAUUCAAGACCACUAAGAGUGACGCUGUGUCGCAGCAAGUGGCCGCCAUCUUUGCUCAUAGCUAUGGAGACAGCCCAAUUCCCAAGAUUCCUGAUAUACACAGGGCCCUUCCCGCUCGUCUCGAUCCCCACUUCCUGAACAACAAGGAGAUGGCGGACAUCACAUUCCUGGUGGAAGGAAAACUCUUCUAUGCUCACAAGGUCCUCCUGGUCACGGCCUCCAACAGGUUUAAAUUGUUGCUAACUUCUAUAAGCGAUGAAGAGGAUUCUUGUCCCACAAUUGAAAUCACAGAUGUUAAGUACAGCAUUUUCCAGAUGAUAAUGCAGUAUUUAUACUAUGGCGGUACAGAAUCCAUACAAGUGCCCAUGUCUGCUGUUCUGGAGCUCCUGUCUGCAGCAAGCCAUUUUCAGCUGGACGCUCUGCAGCGACACUGCGAGAUCUUGUGUUCCCAGAACGUCGACACCAACAACUGCGUCAGCAUUUACAAGUAUGCCAAGGUCCACAAUGCCUCCGAACUGGCGCUGUUCUGCGAAGGAUACUUCCUACAAAACAUGAGGACGCUGCUGGAGCAGGAAUCCUUCAAGCAAAUCAUCUGCGGACGUAACAGCAAAGUGCAGGGAUUGGACAUUCUGAUGGACUUAAAACACACACUGACCAAUCGGAUCAAGGACAUUUACAUAUCUUGUCGGGGUGUGAGAGUCAUGGGCAGUCCAAGUGAUGUUGGUCUUCAUAAUGGGACAAUGUGGGUGUUGAGCGACUCCGCCAACAUUGGGGCCGAGUUGUAUGUAUGUUUUUGUAGAUAG